UGGCUGAGCAUCUGAAGGUAUUCAGUUGUGGGUUCGCUCCACCGAUUGAUUUCUUCAUAAAAUCAAACCAAUUAUCAAGAGGGUUCUCCUCUAUAUUAACCACUAUAAAGAGAGACCAAUCACCGUCUUACAAUGGAAGCAAUCAAGAAAAAAAUUGCGGCAUUGAAGAUGGAAAUGGAUGCUGCAAACGAAAAAGUUGAAGCUAAUGAAACAAAAGUUAAGCAAGAAGAUUUUCGCGCGGAUUUAUUACUUGAUGAAGCCAGAGCUCUCGCGCAAAAGCUGAUAACACUGGAACGUGAUUAUGAAGUUGCUAAAGUUAACCUUGAAACAACGACAGUGGCUUUAGAAACAUGUGAAAAAGCAUACGCAAAGGCUGAACAAGAUCGAACGACAUUGACAAAGAGAGUCCAGGAAAUCGAGUUAAGUCUUACAAAGAAAGAAGAAUUACGUCUUCUUGCAGCUACGAAAUUGAUACGUGCUACUGAACUUGCCGAUGAUGCUCAAAGAAUGUGUAAUGUACUGGAAGAUCGAAAUCGAAUUGUUCAAGAACAUAUGGCGAAACUCACAGAAGAACUAAAAGAUGUGAGAUUAAUUGCCGAAGAUGCUGAUACUAAAUCUGAAGAGACUUCCGAAAAAUUAUCACUUGUUGAAGAAGAACUUGAAGCUGCUGAAGAAAGAGUAAAAAACAGUGAAGCAAAAAUUAUUGAACGAGAGGAUGAAUUAUUUAUUGUUCAAAAUAUUUUUAAAUCUUUAGAGGUAGCAGAAAAGAAGGCUAAUCAAAGAGUGACUGAUUCUAAACUUCUAGUAAAAGAAUUAAAAGCAAGUCUCAAAGCAGCAGAAAAACGUGCUAUUCAUGCCGAGAAAAGCGUUAGAGCUUUGCAGAAAGAAGUUGACCGAAAGGAAGACGAACUUAGAGAAGAAAAAGAGAAGUGUAAAGCUAUCCUCGAUGAUAUGGAUCUAACAUUUGCAGAAAUGACGGGAUAUUAAGAUAAACAAAAAAAAAAUUCAUACUAAAAUAAUUAAAAU